AUGUCGAAUUUGUUGUUACGAGAUUCUCGCCAAAAUACCUUGUUGAUCGCAGGGCGACCAGAACUAUCACGUGUCCAACAGCAUCUACUGUCCAAGAAAAGAAACUCCAGAAACUCUACUGCCGAUAUGGGUACAAUGAGCACGUUUGGGCUCAAUAUUCACAUGGAUCACUCCAACUUACUAGAGCAACAGCUUCAGCCUGAGCACUGCAGACUUUCAUAUGGUGACGAACCAAUGGGCAUGAACUUCGCGCCAACAGAAGCUUGGCAAACGGUCCCAAAUAUCACGCACUCGUCAGUUCUUCAUGGCUUAACCUGUGUUUCACGACUUACGAUUUAUGGAAAGGAGUUGGAAUUUGGACUUUGA